AUGGGGCCUGGACGCCGAGGGCUGAGUUCAGCGGUUCCUGCUGCUCGUCGGAAGAGGAGUCUGCUAGCGCGGCACGCUGGGUUUCAGGAGCCCCAACGCAGGAUUGGGUCCCUGGUGACUUCCCCUGUUUUCUGUGCAGUUUGUGAGAGAAGAGUGAGCGUCUGUUCGUCCAUUGCACUAAACAGGUGUCUGCCUCCUUCAAAGAGCCUGAACUUCAGUCCUUUCGUGGGGACCCUUUUGGUCCUUGUGGAAUUGAAGAGCUCAUCUCCACCUGUUCUCGCGGGAGGCCCCUCAGCCUUGGAACUGGUUGCCAGACGUCCACAUGGCCGGCCCAGGGUCCUUUCCUCCCACGCGUGUGCUCCUGACUUGUACAUGGGGCCAUCUUGA